AUGUGUGCAACACGAAAUUAUUCAAUUCUCAAAGAUUUGAAUUUGGAUGAUUGGAAAUCGUACAAUUAUCUUAUGCAAUGUGGAUGUGAAAAUGGCAACAUUCAUGGAGUUGAUGACAAAGAUGAUUUUGAUAAUCUUGUGGAAUCUCUCAAUCUGCUUGGAUUAGAUGAAAAACAAACUUCAGAUGUUUUCCGACUUCUUGCUGGUGUUUUGCUUCUCGGAAAUGUUCAUUUCGAUGGUGGCAAAGAUUGUUCAGCAGUUUCUGUGAGUUUUCAUUAUGGGCCCAUUCAGCAUACUUCACCCAAGACCUCUGGAAUUCCAGGUGGAAGAUUUCCACAGAAUAGAUAG